AUGGGUUAAAUUUGUAAAAAUAUAUGUAAUUUUGAAAAUAGAAUUGACUAAAAUUAAAUUUUAGUAUAUUCAAAUUUAGAUAUAUUAUCUCCUUUAAUCUAAUCUCCUUUUUAAAAUUAAUAAAUUUUAAAAAAACAAAUUAGUAUUAGCGAUUUUUAAAAAAUUAAUCAUUUAGGAUAAGGUGAAUUUGGUAAUGUAAUUCUCGUAAAAAAGAAAAGCAAUAACAAAAUAUAUGCAAUGAAAAUAAUAUUAAAAAAUAAAAUAAUAUCAAGAAAUUUAAUUGGAAAAAUGACUUGUGAAUAAAAAGUAUUAAAAGAUAAUCAAUCUCCUUUUUUAAUUAAACUUGAAUACUCAUUCUAAACAGAAACAAAGUUAUAUUUAGUUAUGGAAUAUUGUAAAGGUGGUGAUUUAUAUUCUUUAUUAAGAAAAUAUUCACGUUUUCCAAUAAAAAUAGCAAAAUAUAUAUCUGCAGAAAUACUAUUAGGCCUAGAAUAUUUACAUAAAGAAAUGAAAGUUAUAUAUAGAGAUUUAAAACCCGAGAAUAUACUAUUAACAGAAAAAGGACAUAUAAAAAUAGCUGAUUUUGGCCUUGGAAAAUAAUUAAAGACUUAAGAUGAAUUAACAUAUACUUUUAUAGGUACUUAGGAGUAUAUAGCCCCUGAAAUAAUAAAAAACUAAAUGGAAAAAAAUUAAAUAGGAUAUAAUUAUAAAUGUGAUAUUUGGGCUUUUGGAAUACUUUUAUAUGAAUUAAUUAACGGAAAGCCUCCUUUUACACAUCCAAUGAGAAAUUGGAAGCCUAUAAUGAAUUUAAUUUUAGAAAAUGAGCUUUAGUUUAGUAAAUAUUUUGAUAUUAGUUCCAAAAACCUAGUAUGUAAAUUAUUAAAUACCGAUCCUUUAUAAAGACCUAAUUGGGAUUAAAUUAAAUAAGAUGAUUUUUAUAAAGAUAUAGAUUGGCAGAUGAUUAAAAAAAAGAAAUAUGAUAGUUUACUUUAAUAGUUUGUUUAACAAAAAAAUGAUAAAGAAAGUAAUUCAGAACCGAGUGCGAUUAUCGAGUCUUUUCAUUAUAUAGGAAAAAAGAAAAAAUUUGAAGGGUUUACAUACGAUAAAGUUGAAAGUAUAUGUGAAGAUUUAAGGGAAAGUAAUGAAUAUGUAUAGAAAAAAAGUGGUAUUAAUAUUUAAAAUAGUAAUAAUAAAUAAAUUAAUUUUUCAUGUAUUUUUUUUUAACAAUUUUUAUAUAUUUAAUGUAUUUGUAUUUUUCAAUAUAUAUAUUAGAAUAUAUUAUUUUGGUAUUAAUAUUAUUUUAUAUAUAUACAGGAAAUUAAUCUAAUAUUAAUAUUUUUUCUUUUAUAAAGUUAUUAAUUUUGUAUAUUUUCUUUAUUUUCUUUUUAUUUUAUUAUUGAUAUAUUAAAAAAAUGA